GUACGAAGAACUAGUUCAUUCUCCCUCUCCUUUUUUUUUUCCUCCUUUUUCUUCUUACUAUCCAAGGACAUGAUCCAUAACAUUUGAGUGUUAUAAUCUGAGUUUGCAAAUAGCUACGGGUUUCAAUACGAGACCCGUAGCGGGCAAUUCAGAAAUAAAGGGAGCAUUACUCCCCAAAAAAUAUACAUAUACAUAUACAUAUACACAUAUAUAUAUGUGCAGUUAAAUGGAAGGAAAUAAAAUGAGUUCAAGGUUGAUUUUAUUUGUUGUUGUUGGUUCGAUUUUGCCAGUCCUUAAUGCAAAUAUUGGAGAAUGGGAUGAGGUAUGGCGGAGGCGGGCCGAUGAGGCAUGGAACCGUACACUUGAGGCCUAUCAUCCCAAUCCCGAAAACAUAGUCGAUCACUUAAAUGUGCACGUCAACAGAGCGCUAAAAGAAAUAGAAGAGGGUGAAGGAAUGAAUCUCAAGUCAAAUAGCACUCGGAGGCAUCUAAUGAAGGGCUACAAAGGUCCGUGCAUGGCGACCAACCCGAUCGACCGUUGCUGGAGAUGUCAGCCCGAUUGGGCCGAAAACCGGUUCAGGCUGGCCGACUGCGUCUUAGGGUUCGGGGGCCGGACCAUCGGAGGCAAGGGCGGGCGGAUCUACGUGGUGACGGACCCCUCCGACGACGACGUACAGAACCCUAGGCCAGGAACCCUACGUCACGCGGUGAUCCAGAAGGAGCCGCUGUGGAUCGUGUUCCACCGCAGCAUGGUGAUCAGGCUCCAGCAGGAGCUGAUCAUGCAGAGCGACAAGACCAUCGACGGGCGCGGCGUCAGAGUGGAGAUCGGCUACGGCGCCGGAAUAACCAUACAGUUUGUGAGGAAUGUGAUCAUCCACGGGAUAAAGAUUCACGACAUCGUGAGCAAGGAAGGCGGGCUGAUUAGGGACUCGGUCGAUCAUUUCGGGCUUCGCACCCAGAGCGACGGCGAUGGGAUCUCCAUCUUCGGAUCACAAGAUGUUUGGAUCGAUCAUGUCUCUAUGACCUUGUGCACCGAUGGGAUGAUUGAUGCAAUCCAAGGCUCCACCGCGAUCACCAUCUCCAACUGCCACUUCACCGAUCACGAUAAGACACUGCUUUUCGGUGGCGACGACAGGCACAGCGAGGACGAGAAAAUGCAAAUCACGGUUGCUUUCAACCACUUCGGGAAAAGACUAGUGCAGAGAAUGCCGCGGUGCAGAUUCGGUUACAUCCAUGUUGUGAACAACGACUACACGCACUGGUUGAUGUACGCGAUUGGUGGGAGCAGCCAUCCGACGGUGAUUAGCCAAGGCAACAGAUACAUCGCUUAUCAUCCGUUCGCGAAGCAGGUGACGAAAAGGGAGGCGGCGGAGUCGGAAUGGAAGACAUGGACAUGGGUGUCGGAGGGAGAUGUGUUCAUGAGAGACGCAUAUUUUGUGUCAUCGGGUGAUCAGGAUUGGAGCAAGAAGCAUCCUGAGGUGUAUGACAAGAUUGUGUCUGCGCCUGGUACUUAUGUAGCUCAAAUGACUAAAUUUGCAGGGAGACUAGGCUGCAAGCCAAGAAAACCCUGUUAGGAAAUAUGCUUCAAAUGGAAAUGCCUCCUGCAUGCACACAUUUCUUCAAUUAUAUAUCAUUCAUUUUAUAUACA